AUGGCCGGCAAGGACUCGUCCCGCUGCCUACUCCUACUGGCCGCGGUGCUGAUGGUGGAGAGCUCACAGCUUGGCAACUCGCGGGCCAAACUCAACUCCAUCAAGUCCUCUCUGGGCGGGGAGACGCCUGCCCAGGCAGCCAAUCGAUCUGCGGGCAUUUACCAAGGACUGGCUUUCGGCGGCAGUAAGAAGGGCAAAAACCUGGGGCAGGCAUACCCCUGUAGCAGUGAUAAGGAAUGUGAAGUUGGGAGGUAUUGCCACAGUCCCCACCAAGGAUCAUCAGCCUGCAUGGUGUGUCGCAGGAAAAAGAAGCGCUGCCAUCGAGACGGCAUGUGUUGCCCUGGUACCCGCUGUAAUAAUGGCAUCUGCAUCCCAGUCACUGAGAGCAUCUUAACCCCUCACAUCCCAGCUCUGGAUGGCACUCGGCACAGAGAUCGAAACCACGGUCAUUACUCCAACCACGACUUAGGAUGGCAGAAUCUAGGAAGACCACACACCAAGAUGUCACAUAUAAAAGGGCAUGAAGGAGACCCCUGCCUACGAUCAUCAGACUGCAUUGAAGGGUUUUGCUGUGCUCGUCACUUCUGGACCAAAAUCUGCAAACCAGUGCUCCAUCAGGGGGAAGUUUGUACCAAACAACGCAAGAAGGGCUCUCAUGGGCUGGAAAUUUUCCAGCGGUGUGACUGUGCGAAGGGCUUGUCUUGCAAAGUAUGGAAAGAUGCCACCUACUCCUCCAAAGCCAGACUCCAUGUGUGUCAGAAAAUUUGA